GUGAAUACCCUCAACUUCAGCGGUGCCAGCCAAGGAAGCUUCGGCCCUGGGAAGGCUCCCUGCCUCCCCUCCCCAGCCAGAGCCAGCCUGCUCUCCAGGUGAACUCUGCUCCUGCCAGCUCUUAAAACAUCAAAGCAACGAGGAAGCAAGAGAAAGGGGAGGCAACAGAAUGGAGGCGCAGGCAGCAGUGCCACUGCCAGGGAUUCAGCUCCUUUGUGUUUGCAAAGCAGCCAUAUUCCAUUCUGGUACCCAGGCAGGAUGAAGCACCACAGACCACGUCCUGCUUUCAGGAUAGCAACCUAGACUUACCAGGGUGGGCUCCUGUCCAUCAACGGCAUGACAGAGAAGCAGAACCAAGGGCCAGCAGCCGACUGCCCAAUUUGCUGGAACCCCUACGACAACACUUUCCGCACACCCAAGGUGCUCCAGUGCCAGCACUCCUUCUGCAUUGAGUGCCUGGCGCACCUGAGCUUGGUGUCUACAGUGCGGAACCGGCUGCAGUGCCCACUUUGCCGCCACCCCACUGUGCUCCCCUCUGACCAGACAGUUACUGAGCUGCCCACUAACGAUGCCAUCUUGAGGCUGCUGCGCUUGGAGCCCAAUCACAUCAUCCUGGAAGGCAGGCAGCUGUGCCUCAAGGAGCAGCGCAAGAGCAGAUACUUCUUGCGACAGCCGAGAGUCUACACCCUUGACCUGGGCCCAGAGACAGUCUCUAGCACUGCAAGCCACCAAGACCUGACCCCGGUGGGGGGGACCACCACAACCACCACCCUGUCCAAUCGCUCUCCACUGCGGGACUGUAUCCGGGACCCCCAGCUUCGUAUUUUCACCUACCUAAUGGCCAUCAUCUUGAGUGUGACUUUGCUACUCAUUUUCUCCAUCUUCUGGACCAAGCAGAUCUUUUGGGGCCUGGGUUGAGUGUGGGAACUGAGGAGCAACUCAAGGGCUUUUACUAGGAACAUAUACAGCAAAGUAGCAGAGGCCCUAGAUUUGGGGUGGCCAUGUGGAAAGGCCACCCAUACAGGAGUUCUCCACUUCCAAACACGGUGAAUGGGAUCCAAAGAGAGAGGGUGUACUUGAACUGGCGUCUUCCACUGUGCCAAAACCCCUGCUUCAGCUUGAGGACACCUAUUCUGCUAUUGGUAGCAGAAACUUGGAGGGAGGAAGGUAAAGAUAGAAUUGCUGAGACUUUUUGACGCUUUAGAUCUUACCUCCUCCUCCGUCCCAAGACUGAGUGCAGAAGUCUGAACACUGACAAUUUAAUCAGACAGAAAAAACAUUACGCUGAUUGUUUUCUUUGCAAUUGUACUGCACCCACUCAUGACCCGCUUUAUCUCCUAGUCCAUUCCAAUGCCCCUGUGUGCUCUACCUCUGGUGCGUUUUCCUGGUUGGGGCAUGCUAAUUUACAAGAGCUUGUGCUACGAUGCUCUCUGUAAAGCAGAGAACAUCAGCAGUUGGGAGAAACCACUCAACUUCCCAAGAAGAAAGCAGUUGCAGCCAGCCACCCACCCUCAGUCCUAGAGAGCAUUUAAAGGAUUGACGUUCAAUCCACCUUUUCGAAUGGCAGCAGUCACUUCGGUGAUUCAGCGAUGACAUACAAGGCAGGGAGGAAGGGGAGAAAGCUUUGGUUGUGCUUCUCCUGAUCAAGAAAGAAGCUGUAGAGGGCCAAAGUGGCACUGUGAGAAGGGGCGUCAGUGCAGUUGGCUGGAGCACCAUGCAUCUGACAGGCACUUAUUUCCAUAACAAUGUCUCAAAGAAGGAAUACAUGGAAAAGGUGGCUGAAGUGGGUAAGGUACGAUAUAGGCUCAAACAUGAAAUCCUAAAGGAACAGCUGGCCGCUCUGUAGAGGGACUUGGCCCAGCUGAGGCAGAAACAAUGGCCUAACUGCAAGCAGUAAAAAUAAGAGAAAGCUGCCUCCUGGGCCAAUAAAUGAGCCAAGGGUUGCAAAAGAAUAGCAAUGUAGGGUGUCCUAACUACUGCUACACUGCGCCUGAAGAGACAAGCAGGCACCAGGAAACUAGGAAAGAGGUAGGGACUGGCCCCUGCCCACUCUCUUGUAAUUGCCUUUGGUUGAGCAGCCAAGUGACCAACUCCAAAAGUCCCCCCUUCCCAAACUUCAUCAAGUUUCUCCAACUGCUCCUUCAAAGCUAGGGAAAUUUAUCUUUUUGAGCUGCAGCCCAGUGGUACAGCACCCGGUGUUGCAAGCAAAACAUUUCAGGUUCAGUCCCCAGCAUCUCCACUUAGAGGAUCUCAAGAGAUGGGAAAGACCUUGCGCUGCCUGGCACCCAAAGAUCUGCUUCCGGCACCUGUAGGCAGUACUGAGCUAGAUGAACCAAUGGUCCAACUUGGAAUAUGGCAACAUUCUAUAUUCAUACAGCAGCCUGUAUUGUGUAGGUUUCCUCCUCUGGCUUAACAAAGCUAUAUUAACUCAGUAGGGUAGGGUGGGGGCAGGCAGAUGGAAACAAGAGCACAGUAGACAGUGUGCAGUCAAGCACUGGAGGAGGCAGCACCCUUUCUUAUAAAAUUUUGCAGGCAAAGUCAUCAGGCAUUGAACCUGCUCACCCCUCCUUGCAGCAGGCUAAGAGUACAUCAGUAGGAAAGACACACAACCAAGGCUUUCCAAUUU